AUGCCAGACCCAAAGCGCGAGUUCAGUCUUGCAAUGCCAAUACCAUACAUCCAGCAACCGGCAGAGCGAGUUGAGCAAUUGAAAAGAUUUCUCCAAACUGAAUUUGGCCAAGCCGAACGAGUCAAUGUCGAGGCCCUGAUUCGCAUGUAUGAGACUGGCGAGCUUGGACCACAACAAAUCGGCGAUCCCCCGGCGUAUCUUGUGGAGGGACAUCGUGUCCAUACCGACCCACAUGAAGAUAUGUCGGUACUUAAUAACGCCAUGAAAUGGUGCGAGACUUUAGACUAUCGACAGUGA